AUGAUUAUGCGUAUAGUGAUAACGAUCACAGUGGUGUGUCUCGCGAUUUCGAGUUUAUCUACGGCGACUGCGGAAGCGGAAGCUAGCCCACAACAGGCAGCUGAGGUAUCGGAAACGAACGUACAGCAGCAAAACAUCGUCUCGGACGACGAAGGGAUUAAAAUCAACGUGACUGCCAUUGCCGCCAGGUUCAUCAAAGAUUACGUGACGCCAACAUUAUGUUCAUACUCGCCAGGAUUUUGUGCCAAGCACCAACUACAGAGCAGAGAUAUCAAAAGCUAUUUGGCCACAGCCGGAACAUUAUUCGCGGGAGUGUUGGGCGUUAUGUUGACUAAAAUCACAGUGCUGAUCGUAUUAUCGGUGAUGUCCACAGUCAUCGGAAAACUGUUGCUACUCUACGCAUUAUUCAAGACCGGCCCACACCACGACCACCACAGCUACAAGUCAGCCCACUACAACGCACAGCCGUUCGUCAAGUAUACCAAGGACAAGUACUACAUCAAGAACUCACCGUCAGUUCACAGUCACGAUGUAGUCGUCGACUCACCUCCUGAGCACGAAGCCUCCCCUUACCAUGCUCAUUCACCAUACGUCCUGGAAUCUGCUGUCCAUGACCAUAAGUUAAAAGGAGUGUCUUACUACAAACGAUAA